AUGAUCGCUUUCAGAGCAACAGCCAUCCUAUUCCUGGCCGCGGCCGCCACCGCUCGCCCCUCAGAAGAAUGGGAACCAGAGGGCCACUCUCACUCCGAACACACGAAACCAUACCACGUGACUGUGGUCAAAAAAAUCGGUGUACCGAUACCACACCCGGUUGCGGUCUCGGUACCACAAUACGUGAAGGUGCCCAUCCCUCAGCCGUACCCUGUUCACGUCACUGUUGAACAGCCGAUACACGUGCCAGUUUAUAAGGUCGUUCCCCAAGUCGUGGAGAAGCCAGUGCCGUACACCGUCGAGAAGCCUGUGCCUUAUGAGGUCGAAAAGCCUUACCCAGUAGAGGUUGAGAAGAAGGUUGAGGUUCCCAUUCCCAAGCCUUACCCCGUCCAUGUUCCAGUAUACAAACACAUCUACCACCACAAAGGUGGAAAGCAUUAA